AUGAGUGCUGGACAGCAGGCACCAGGCGAAAGAUUCUCAGUGAUCUUGUGCAAAGUAGACAGCAUAGAAGAUGUCGACAACGUGAUCGCUCUCUACCACCGUGAACUCGAAGAGUUCCCUCCGCAACAUCCAAACAAGUGCCACUUGAUUGGAAGCUUCGCAGAUGCCCUCACUACUCGAUUUCAAUAUACAGGCGCAAAGAGUGAUAUAGACAAUGCUAUCACACGGUACCAGGAGGCACUCGACCUUUUCUCACCCAACCAGACCGGGCGCGAUACUGCUGCCUUCUCACUUGGAUUAGCGUUGAAUCUUCGGUACGAAAAGUUCUUUACAACGAAUGACAUCGGUGAUUCGAUUUCCAACUCUCGCGAGUCCCUUCGUUUACGACCUCUUGGGCACCGGGGUCGUCCCAAGUCUCUUCAUCAGCUCAUGUACGCUUACAUGAGGCGAUAUGAACACCAAGGAUCUGUAGAUGACUUGGAGGAAGCAAUAUCGUUCGGUCGCGAAUCACUCGACCUCUUGGGUCGUGAUCCAGAAGAUCAUUCAUCGACAUGGAGCAGAUUCUUCACUAACCUUAUUUCAGACAUUGGACAGCAGGAGUCUACCACAGAUAAUUAUGGAAAAGUAUUGUCCAGAACUCGUGAAGUGAUCCUCGUUGGUGAUAACGACCCACUCCGUCUAUCAAUUAUCAGCAACCUCGGUGCUGCUUUGACGUGGCGGUAUGAGCAGGGCCAGUUGUUACACUGUGCUGAGCCGUACUGUACACGGGACAUACACAGUGUGGAGUGUGUGAGGUUCAAGCGGAUCCGCUGA